AUGCCGGGGGAGGCAGAGUCGAAUCGUCUACUGGGACUGUUUAAUGACUACAUGAGCGGCAACCAACAUUUCAUCGACCAGAGGACCUUUGCAGACAACCUGACAUUAUUAUUCCAGAACCAGGCUACCCGAGCGAAGCAGAUGAAGACGCCAUGGUUCACGCUUUACUUGCUGGUGAUGGCGAUGGGCAAGUUGAUGGAGGCCGACAGGAGGAUCUACGAUGGCCCGCCAGGAGCGUUUUAUUUCGCGGAAGCUAUGAAGAGGUUUCCGCCUCUCCACAGUAUCAGCGAGUACGGCAUUGUGGGAGUCGAGAUAUUAUGUCUUGCGACAACGUAUCUGCAAUGCCUGUGGAUGAAGACUAACAAGCUGCAGGUCGGCACUGCUGUACGACUUGCUCUGACAUUGGGCUGCAACCUGCCUUUUGCCGAGCAGCAAUGUCUGCCUUCAGAAAGAGCCCACCGUACAAGGAUAUGGUGGACUGCAUAUAUGCUUGACCAACGCAUAUCAGCAGGUCUGGGAUUGCCAGCAUCUGUUGAUGACCGCCAAAUUACGUUCGACCUGCCGGGACCAUCGCCCGGAUUUGAGUCACCAGAGGCACUGAACAUCAACGUUCGGAUUGCUCGCGCCACUUCAGAGAUCAUGACUUCACUGUACAGCAAUGGCGGCCUAUCGCAGGGUGAUCUCAUUAAGAAGAUGCGCAACGUUCUUCAGUCAUUAUACGACACAGGGCGCUCUAUUCCACUAAAUAUCGCAAUCGACUUCAAGAGCAAGGAGCUUGAGGUCACAAGAUCCGGCUCUUCGCUGUAUUUGAGGCUGUUCUCGGCAAUCAUCCUCUGCAUUCGACCGAUACUACUUCAGAAAGUCAAGGAUAAGGUGCAAGAUACCCAGAAGCAAAUCGUCACACCCGCAAUCUCGCAGCUGUGUUUGCUUUGCAACGAGGCAGCAUUGAGGACCAUCCGCAUUCUGUAUGCUAUGAAGAAGCAAGACGAGAUUGCUCCUUUCGCAUUCUUCGAUUUAGACGCAGCCUUCUCAGCAGCGUUCGUACUCAUCAUGCGAGGGUUCGCCCAUAAGAACGACAGCCAAAAACCACCCCCUCAGGAAUUACAUCAAGCUGUGGAAGUCCUCGAGUAUCUCUCUGCAGCGGGUAAUAAUGCGGCUUCGCAUCGUCUGAAAGAGAUCAAGCAGCUAGAAGCACAUGUGUGGGGAUCGAGGUACUUCCCACCCGAAAAGGAUGGUGACGUGCAGAUGAAAGAUUCUGGAACACCCCACGGGGAACCCCACGCGGGAGGAUCCGGGGCUCAGGGCACUCCGGGGCAAUCUGGCGAGGGGUCGGGCUCGCAAGUCGUCUUAUCGCCGCCCGACCCGAGCCCUUCGACGCAACCGUCGUGGGAUGGCGAGAUGUUUGGCACCGAGUCGGCCGAGUCGUAUGACCCCGACCAGCUUUUCGGUCUGGAUUUGAACGGAAGUCUGGGGCAGGAGUUCAGCUUGGAAGCCGAGGGUAUCUACGCCAGUUUCAACGACCCGACGCUUCCGCUUACCGGAGUCGAUCAGCUGGACUGGGCCGAGCUGGAGAAGAUGAUGGCACCUGGUGGAUACGGAUCAUGA